AUGUCAACUAGGGGCAGCAAAAGGAGACUUAAGGUUCCAAAGACCCCAGCUAUACCACUAAAACUUAUUAAAGUUCGCGCUUUAGCAUCUUCCGCCUUAUUGAAAAUAAGCCUCAAAGCCCCCUUAGGAAUAAAGUCUUACACCUUACCGCCACCAUUUAAAGUACAUAAGGAAGAGCGGCAAACGAUGAUUUGGACAGCAGAUGAAGCUAGUACAUCUCCUGGAGACAGGGACGAGGAUUUUGCUAGUCCUCAUGUUUUGGCAAGAAGCAUCGCCGGACUAUUAACAGCAGCGAGCAUGUAUGUGGGGAUAGAAGAUAUACACAGGGCAGAACAAAUAGGUACAAAUGAAGAGGAAUCAAGCGCAGAGCCUGGUGAUGAUAACGCUGAAGUUAAAGCGGAUGAAGAAGUCGAAGAAGGCUCUAUAUUCAGUGGAGCGCCAUCGUUUUCAGGGGCACAGUCGAGGAGAUCUACUCUAUUUGAGCUUUCCAUUGUACCAAAUACCGAAAUGACAUCAGUCCAGCAAUCAAGGGGCCGAAAUUGGACUUCCCGGAUUAUGUCUAAAUUGAAAUCGAAGUUUAAUUUGCAAGAAGACGAACAGUUGGUGAAGGAGUAUUCAUGUUGGUUACUCCGAGAUGUGUUGAUUCAGGGACAUAUUUAUUUAACGUCAAAGAAUCUCUUAUUCUUUGCGUUUCUCUACAAAGCGGACGGUGCCGCCAGGUUGACAGGUAAUUUGUCUAUCAGUACGAGUAGUAUUUCUAUUAGUGGGAAGCUGACUCGGUACUGGGCGGUGUUAAAAGACCAUACGCUUUCUUUAUACAAUUCCUCCACUGAUCUAUACUUCCCCGUUCUUACCCUUGAUCUACGAUACGUUACAAAAGUGCAGCAUUGCAAGCAGAACGGUGUUGAAACAAGAAAGCUUUCUGUUGUUACUGAUAGCAGAACAUAUUCUUUCUUUACGGAUAACGAGCAUUUUGCGCGCUCCUGGGCUUCUGCUAUUAAAAAGCAGGUGUUUACCACACAGAACUCCGAUAAUGAUUCUAUGAGCAUAAAAAUCCCACUAUGUAAUAUUGUGGAUCUUGAAGAUCAUGCUAUUAUGGAAAAGGGGAUGACACUACGGAUCAGAACAAUGGAGUCCUCAGAAACCUUUGCGUUAGAUGAUUACUUUUUUAUGUUCUUCAACAAUGCUGGGAAUCAAUUGACGGAUAUAAUUAAGGCACAGCUAGCUGACCUAGAGAUGCUGGGCUCACAAGUGAUGAUUAAAUAUGGCAGUAAUUCCUCGCCUAUAGAGCUAAGCGGUAGCAGUAGCCCUGUCCAACCCGUUUUAGAGAGUUCUUUCGAAACUAGGGGACGCAGUGAUGUUAAGAUCAAAUCAAGAUCUUUCGUAACAGCAAGUCGAACUCCACCACCUAUUGGAAGGGGAUGUGUACCAAGUGUUACAUAUCCCCUAUCUAAGUCGCCUUCCAAAGUAAGAAACAGAUUCCGGACUGUUACUGAUAGUUUAAAGUUAACGUCUCCCAAAAUAGGAAAGUCCGAAGAUUCCUCGGCGUCAGACGUGAAAGGUGCGAACACGGAAUCGACAGAUGGUGUGCAUAGCAACAUCGAUAAUAAUAGUAGUGAGCAAGAAACGUUUGAUACUAAUAGGAACAAAACAGUUUAUUGGAAUCCAAAGCCAUUUAUUACCAUGCGUAGUAUGUGGAAUGCCCUUCCAAUACACUACGCAGCAGAAGGUCUGGACUUGUUUGCUAAGGAUGAUGAAUUGUUAAUGAGUGAUCCGGUUGAAGCAAAAGCUGCUGAUAAGCGGUUUAAGGAACAUUUUUCACUUACCGAUGAUGAAUCGCUAAUAGCUUCCUAUUACACAUAUUUGAAUAGAAAUAUGCCUUGGUAUGGUAAAGUCUACCUUGGAAAGUCAGUCAUUUGUUUUAGGUCUUUAUUGCCUGGUUCCAAAACUAAGAUGAUUUUGCCAUUAAGGGAUAUUGAGAAUUCUUACAAGGAAAAGGGGUUUAGAUUUGGUUAUUUUGGGUUAGUGAUUGUCAUCCAUGGUCAUGAAGAGCUAUUUUUUGAGUUUGCGCUGCAAAGGUCGCGAGACGACGCGGAGUAUCUCAUUUUGAAGGUUAUAGAUACCCUGAGGCCUCUAACUGUCGAACUUGCUAAGGAUAAUGACAGUAUAGACCAAAGGUUUAAAAAUACGCACAUUCAAGACCCAACAAAUGACGGUAAGCUAAGGCUCUUCGAGGAUAAGAUCAACUCGGUUGGAUAUGAUAUUCCUAUAAUGUUUGAAAGUAGCCCAUAUUUCAAAACCACAAUUACCCCGAAGAAAAUCUACACGUUUGGGUUAUUAACUAUUGGAUCUAGGGGAGACGUACAACCUUAUAUCGCGUUAGGGAAGGGGCUCAUGCAAGAGGGACACAAGGUUAUCAUUAUCACCCAUAUUGAGUUCGGAGAUUGGAUUAAAUCACAUGGUAUUGAAUUCAGGAGCAUCGCGGGCGAUCCAACUGAAUUAAUGGCUCUAAUGGUACAGCAUGGUUCGAUGAAUGUCGGUUUGAUUAGGGAUGCAACAAGUAAGUUUAGAGACUGGAUCAGGGAUCUGUUAACUAGUUCAUGGGAGGCAUGUAACGGUAUCGAUGUCUUGAUAGAAUCACCGUCUGCCAUGGCAGGUAUUCAUGUGGCCGAGGCCCUCCAGAUCCCAUAUUUUAGGGCAUUUACCAUGCCAUGGACUAAAACCAGGUCUUAUCCACAUGCUUUUAUUGUACCAGAUCAGAAACGAGGUGGAAAUUACAACUACUUUACUCAUGUAAUAUUCGAGAAUAUAUUUUGGAAAGGAAUACAUGGGCAAGUGAAUAAGUGGCGGGUGGAGACAUUAGGCUUGCCAAAAACGAAUUUAGAGUUUUUGCAACAAGCUAAAGUACCAUUUCUAUAUAACAUUUCUCCUACAAUAUUUCCACCAAGUGUCGAUUUUAGUGAAUGGAUUAAAGUUACCGGUUAUUGGUUUUUAAAUGAAAGUAGCGGUUACGAACCUCCUCAAACAUUGGUUGACUUCAUUGCUGAGGCAAGAGCCAAUGAGAAGAAAAUCGUAUACAUCGGCUUCGGUUCAAUUGUAGUGAAGGAUCCCGCCAAAAUGACGGCGGCUGUUAUUGAAGCAGUGGUUAAAGCAGAUGUUUACUGUAUUCUAAAUAAGGGAUGGUCGGAGAGGUUAGCAGAUCCAGCGGCCACAUACCUCGGAGUUGAUUUACCUCCUUGUAUAUAUAAUGCUGGUACUGUACCACAUGAUUGGCUAUUCCCUCAAAUAGACGCUGCAGUACACCAUGGGGGCUCAGGAACCACUGGUGCGACUAUGAGAGCUGGUUUGCCAUCGGUUAUCAAACCAUUUUUUGGAGAUCAGUACUUUUAUGCCACCAGGAUUGAGGAUAUCGGUGCAGGUGUUGCGCUCAAGAAACUUAACGCUAACACUUUAUCGCGCGCACUAAAAGAAGUUACAACAAACUCAAGAAUCAUCACAAAGGCCAAGAAGAUUGGAUUGGAUAUCAGUAAAGAAGAUGGUGUAGCCACUGCCAUUUCCUUUAUAUACUCAGAGAUGGCUUAUGCGAAAAGCUUGGUUAAGAUGAAAAAUCAUGAUAAUAAACAACUAUCCAAAGAUACCAAGCAUAUUGCAAACGAUGAAUCAUGGCUGAUGUUAUGA